CACAGUUCACGCUGAGGCAGCACCAUGGGGGCCAAGCAGUCCAAAGGCCAGGAGCCCGGAGGGGCCAGUCCUCAACACAGCUGGAAACGGACUCCCACCAAGGAGAGGGGGGACAUCUUGGCCUCCCUGAUGCUGAAGUCUGGAGACCGGCUGAACCGCGGGGGGACGACGCCGCCGCCGCCGUACCAGCGCCGGAUCGGGAUGAUCCAGGAGAUGAUGAUGAUGGCCAAGCAGGGGAAGCAGGACGAAGCCACUGAGAUGCUGAGGACGCUCAGACAGGACCUGGGCAUGGAGUCAACCUCUCUGGAUGACGUGCUGUAUCGCUACGCCAGCUUCAGAAACCUGGUCGAUCCCAUCACCCAUGACCUCAUCAUCAGCCUGGCCCGAUGCGUCCACUGCCCCAAGACGGAAGCUGACUCUCUCGGGGCGAUGGAGAAGGUCUGUCGUCAGCUGACGUACCAUCUCAGCCCCCACUCUCAGUGGAGGAGACAGGGACUGCUCAAGAGGAAACCUCAGGCCUGCCUGAAGGCGGUGCUGUCGGCCCCGUUAUCCAGCGGCGCCCUGGAUCUCUCUGGCAUCCCUCUGACGACGCGGGACAUGGAGCGUCUGUCUGCGCACCUGCAGCGCCACGCGUCCAACGUGGUCAGCUUGGAGCUGGGCUUCACCGAGCUGACGGACGAGGCUUUCCUCCAGCUCCUGCCCACGCUGGCUGCGCUGCCACACCUGGAGACCCUGGCUCUGAACGGAAACAGGCUGACCAGAACUAUCCUGAAGGAGCUCACUGAUGCCCUGAAGGACCCAAACAGUUUUCCGAGCGUGACGUGGAUUGACCUGGGCAACAACGUGGACAUCUUCUCCUUGCCUCAGCCCUUCCUGGUCAGCCUGAGGAAGCGCUGCCCCAAGCAGGGCAACCUGCCCACCAUUCUGGAGUUCGGCGAGAGCCAGGCCAGCGACCCUCCCGAGCGGCCGAGGGGCCUCGGGGAGGAGGAGGAGACGGACGACACCAACCUGACGGAGAGCAUGGGCGAGCUCCGGUCGGAGGGGGAGGAGGAGAUGGACGGAGAGACGGAGAUCGAGGAGAUGAUGGAGGAGCUGCUGGACUUUGACAGGGAGAUUCAGGGCAAGGAGGACGAGGAGGAGAGCAUGUGGACACUAGGGGAGCAGAGGAGGGCGACGGUGAGGAGCAGGAGAGCACAGCGGCAGGAGGAGGAGGAGGAGGAAGAGGCGGGGAAGGGAAAAGAGAAGGGGGAACAGCGGAGAAAGACACGACCCUCGAGGAGGCCCGUGAUGGCGGAGGACGAGGACGACACGCAGAGCCGCUCCUCCCGCCUCUCCUGCUCCAGCCAGUCCCAAAACUCCUUUGCCGCAGUGGAGCCAAUGAGAGUGGAGGAGGAGGACAUGACAGACCAAUCGGAUCACUUGACCUGAGUGCUGCUCCCAGAUCUGCUUGUGUUUUCCUUCUUGUGUCCCGUCCUGUGUGGACAGAGGCGAUGGGCGCCUGUGGAUAGCCGAGUGCAGGCGGCAGCGUAGCAUGCGAUCCUUAUAAACAAGCCCCCCCCCCACCCCCCCCGCGGAGAUCCCACCAGCCGACCUGACCUCAGGGCGCCUAGAAUACACUGAGGAGGCUCUUCUGUGCAGAACGUCGGUCUUUAACGUUGAUCAGGUCCUUGUUUUAUUUGUGCUGAUACCCGCGUGUGCCUGUAGCAUCUCUGUUCACUGGUUUCAAAAACGAGCCCCGGGUGAUAAAAACCAAGCUGGAAAGAGAAAAAGAAAAAAGAAGUGGAAAUGUGAAGAACGUCCGUCUUCCACAUCCAGCUGACGGGAUCAGGGGAAGAGCAGAAGCAAAGAAGUUAAGCCAUCGGUGUAAAUCUGUGGCUGCUGUUGAGCCGAACAGGUUCCUGGUGUUUUUUUUUAGAGGAGGCGAGCGGAGCAGCCACCUGAAACGUCCCACGAAGAAGUAAAAGAAAAACAACUCUUUGUUUUGUUUCAGAGGAAAGUGUACAGAGGAUAGAUGUUCUAGUCCCCUGCAGUGUCCGCAGAUGCAAACAUGAAACAUUUAGAGGGUUUUUUUUCCUCAUAAUAUAGGUCACGUUUUACUGCGCCGUAGCGUAUGCGAGCGUGCGUCAUAUGCUUACAGCGCUGUGUUUAUAUAUAUAUAUAUAUAUAUAUAUAGCACCCCGCCGCCUCCAUGGCUGCGUUCAGGUAGCAGUAUGUAGCUUUCACCCAGCUGUGCUGUCCCUCCUCGCCUCACAUCACGCAAAGCUUUAAUCAGACAAACUGUAUUUUUGCUCCUUCUGUAAAUAUCAAAAUAUAUAUAUAAGUAUAGGGAGAUGACGUGCGUCUUAGUUCAGACGUUAUGAUAACCAAGAGCUUAUGUUUCGCGUCACCGGGGUCUGGAACAGCGAUAUUUAUAUUUGUUAACCCAGACCAGUACAUAUUUUAGCAGUGAGCAGGUUUUAUUGUCACAGAAAGACAGGCAUGCAGAAAAAUAGAACAGGGAGAACAAGUAGCUUCAUCCAAAUGCAGUAAAAAAAUUUAUAAAUUCAGAUGUUGCCUUGGCCACUUGUGGAGCUGUGGGAUGAACGGCCAGGUAGUGUGGCUGUGUUGGGAAUCUCAGUGAGCAGGUUCUACUACUGGGACUCCUGUAGAACCGCUGUCCCUUGGGACCAAAGCCUGGUAACAGGCUGGGAACUAAUCAGAACCACAUGUAAGGCAGUCACAUAACCAGUUUGGCUUAAAUGGGUCAUUUUGUUGCUUCGCUAGUUUGUACGCACAUUUUGUAGAUACGCUUUACCGUUUCUUCCCUCCCUACUUCCAUUUAAUAACUACAGUGUAUGGGUUCAUUUUCUGUUGUAGAAUACUGGACAUCAGCGGUUCUUCAAAACGCUAAAAUCCUGAAAAUAAUUAAAUCCAGUUGUAUAUUAUUAUGUAAAAGCCUUUUGUUUCCCCCUGUUUCCAUGUGCUUUUGUUCUGAUCAAUGCUUAAAGCAGUGGAGUCUUAUUAAAUAUGACAAAUGAUGACCCCCAGUCAACUAAAAUUACUCUAACCCUUUGGUAGAGUGUUAUGCAGUCUUGUAAGCAUAUUUUCUUGCAUUAGACGAUGAACAUGGAAAAGAACUUUAAAUCAAAAGUUGUCAAAGCUCGUAGGAAACAUUCUUUAACAAGUACGAAUAAACGCGUAGUCAGUCGACAACAGCUUGGAACCUGGAAUAGCUACCCUCCGACGGUGUUGUCUGAGAAAACUAUAGGAACUAGAAAAAUACGUAUUACCUGGCCAGUAACUCUUUCUGUUUCGUAACCUUGAGGGAACGUUUGAAGUGAGGUUUUCUUAGUAGAUAACUUUCUUGUAUAACUCCAGAUUUUUGGGUCCUGAAGGAUGAAGCUAACGGUUUGUUUAACAGGUACCGUCCCAAAACAACUCCGGUUUGACAUGCGUCAUAGCUGUCUGUGCAAACACUGUUUUAUGCACCUUUGAAGAUUUGAACUGGGUGGAUGUUUACACAGAAUGCCUAUUUUUAUGCAUUUAGAAGGGAAAUGGAGAGUCACUACCGAUAUUCUGCCUGCCUCUUUUAGACAUGUACUCAGAACAAAACAUCUCUACUUACCAGUUUAGUUAUUUUUGCUUUAGAUGCAAUUUUACUUUUACACUACCGCUCAAACGUUUGGGGGUCACUUUGAAAUGUCCUUAUACUUUUAAUAAAAAGCACAAACUUAUUUAAUUCAAAUAACAUGUAAUUAAUCAGAAAUACAGUCUAGACAUUGUCAAUGUGGUAUUCUGUCUAUAAUGGAGUGGCCAGUACAGUCCCCAGAUCUCAGCCCUAUUGAGCUGUCGUGGAAGCAGAUUUGCGUAAGAAGCGCCCAUCAAGCCUGUCCAAGUUGUGGGAGGGGCUUCAGGAAGGUAUGGGGUGAAAUUUCCUCAGAUUACGUCAACAAAUUGACAGCGAGAAAGCCAAAGGUCUGCAAGGCUGUAAUUGCCAUAAAUGGAGGAUUCUUUGAUGAAAGCAACGUUUGAAGGACAGCAUUAUUAUUUCAGGUGGCUACAAAUCAUUAUUUCUAACCUUGUCAUUGUUGACCAUAUUUUAAUGCAUUUUGCAAUUCAUUUGAUUAAUAAAAUGUGCAUUUUCUUAGAAAAACAUGACAUUUUGUGGGUGCCCUCAAACUUUUGAGCCAGUGGUGCGGUUCAGUUACUCUGAACAGAAAAGCUUUACAUGUUCCAUUCUGAUUACAGGUUUCAUUCAGGAGGUUCACUGCUGACACACUGCCUCCUGCCCCCAUUUCCUCUGUGAAUAAUCUGUCUCUUCUGUGAAUAAUCCCCCAAUGCAAAUAUGACACUUUAAAGGUUUAAAGACUUUCAUUAGGACGUUUGACUAUAUGACGUUUUAGAGAUUGGAUUUGUUUCAGAAGGUAAGGAGUCAACGUUGGUCUGGGUCCCCUCUCAGACUCGCUGCAAGCUUCAGACUCCCAUCUGGAGUUAAAUUAAAUGAAAAGGCUGAGACAGUCAUCUACUAAAGGUUAGAUAAUAACUCUGCAACCUUUUAGGUUGACCUCACUUGAAAACCUGCAACUAUCCCUUCAGAUGCUAAUUUUUUCUUCAAUCCCAACACCAGUUUACACACAAAAACAGAUAGUGUUUUUCUGAUUGAAAGAAAACAUCGCAUCAUUUCUUUGACCCCAUGUCAGCUCUUCUGUUGAUUUAGCUGGAUUAUCUGGAUUACUUUAGACCAGUGGUUCUCUGCUGGUCAGGGUUCAGGACCCACCAGCACCAUAAACCCUUCACACUUAACCGAGCACAACCAUAAGGCUGCUGUUACAAUAUCAGCAAUCACUAAAACAAAAGA